UUCAUCUGUCAAACAUAUCCCAGUGCAAAAAAAAAAUAAAAACACUUGUGUGUUCUUUCACAAAAAUACACUUUUAUUACCUUAAAUCCGUGUAAAAUGAUGAAUUUUAUACAAAAAGUUGUAAAUUAACUUGACAAAGAACGUGUUGAAUAGUUAAACAUUAUAAAAUUGUUGUAUUUUAUCGAGAUAAAACACGAAUUUCACAACACAAUUCUCGUACGCACACUUUUUUUCUUGAUGUAGUUUGUCUUUGUUGUUGUUGCAAAAAACCAUAGACAAAAAAAAAUAUGACAAACAAAGAUUUAGAAGAUGUUGCCGCCGGAAAUGAUAGUAGCGUUGUAGUCGUUAGAGAGAAAUCGACCGUUAAAUUGGAAGAAAUAUUUGAAUAUUUAAGCCAAAAUUCAAAAAUCAUUUUUAAAAGCCAACAAAUUGAUGAUCCAGAAUUGAGUAUUGAUGAAAAAAAGUCCAUAGCUAAAGAAGUUUUUGCAAAAAAUCCAAAAACUUUUAUUAUGAGAUUUGGCCAAUAUUUAAAUGUUAAACAUGUUGAAUUCUUUGAGGAAUUAGAAAAUAUUCCAAUAGAAGAUCAAGAUGAAUUUAACUACCUUUUAGAUGAUUUACAUGUAAAAUUAGAAAAACGGAAAAGUUGUGUAAAAAAUCGUCGAUAUACCGCUACUCAGAAAAUGCAUGAAUAUUUUAGUGAGACAGAAAUGAUGAAGAGAGAACCUCAUUUGUAUCAUGAACUUGUGGGGCAAUAUCUCUCUGAAGAAGAGAGAACUCAAAGAGAUACUUAUGAUGUGAGAAAUACUACAUUUUCUGGAAUUCUCUUAAAUAAAAUGGAUCGUGAUAAUGCAGAGGAAGUUUUACAAAAACAACAAGAAGACGAAGAUGAUGACGAUGAUACUCCUUUAUCGAGAGAAGAGAGUAGUGAUGAGGAAGAAGAAUAUGCUUCACCAUCAUAUCGUCAACAGUGGGGGAAUUUCGAUGAUGAGAAUAUUCCUUGCACCAGUUCGAAAGUGAUAAAGAAACAGAAAAAAGCUAAGAAGAAGGUGAAACAACAGAAAUUCAUUACGGCAGGUGAAAGAGAUAUAUUGAAGCAAGAAUUUAUUGGAAUAAUGAAAGCAAAAUUCUUAAAUGGAGAAGAUAAAGAAUUUAAUUAUGAUGAAGUUGAUGAUAAUGCUGAACUGGAUGAUCUCAAUCAAUUGAAUCAAGAUAAAGAGGAUGAAUACUUUGGAGAGAGUUCAGAAGAUGAGAAUUGUAUAGAGCGAAUGGAUGAUGAAGAUGACAAUGAGAGGCCUGAAGAAGAAUCAGAUGAUGACUUAGAUGUUUAUAUGACACAUUUAAAUCAGCAUCAUAGUUUGAAGACGAAUUCAUUAAUUCAAUGAAUGGAAUUAUUAAUAAAUUAAAAAAUAAAACUGAAAUUUGAGUUUUUUUUA